AUGGAGGCGUUCCUCUCCUCAAGUGCAAGUGCCCCUCCGGAGAGGUGUCCAUCUGCCCGGCCUUCACAUGUACAUGUGGAGGGUCGUGUGCUGGAAGUCCCCUGGACAAAGGAAUCUUCUGUGGGACUCGCCAUCCUUGGAUUUUGUGGGAGCUGUUGGGCCCGUCAGAGAAGAAUUCAGAGGGUGCCUCGGCAAGCUGACAAAGUUGUCAGAGGAGGAUCGUACACAUUAGAUGACAUGGCCCGGAUGGUCAAGCCGACUCCCGUGAAUCCUGACGGAAAGGAGCUUUCUCCUGCUGAAGUGCGACACAUGGAGCUGCGACACAAGCAGAUCUCAUCGCUGAACAACUUCAUGUUACAGAAGCACCGGAAGAGCAGGAAAAAAGGAAUAGCUCCGCAGAUUCUUUACACCGAUGAGCCAGACAACCCCUGGAGGGAUCGGUACCUCCUGUGCGAGGAUUGUGAAAGACGUGCGAACCAUGGCCAGGAACCACGGGCAAACUGCAAUAAUUCUACUUUGCUAGAGCUGGACAUGACAGCCGCAUUCUCACGGGACAACGUCAUGGUCACCAGCUGUGACGUUGUGCAAAUGGUUCGCGAGGACGUUUGGGUCUACAAGGAUGUGGGUGGCAAACUGUCCAGGUCUGACAAGAAGAGUGCGCCCGCGUUUCCCGUGCAGGUAUGCUGUGUUUGCCGAAAGACAACGCUGGAGGAGGGGCGGCGCUUCAAAAUGUGCAAUGUUUGCAGAGGAGUCUCCUACUGCUGUGACAGCUGCCGCGCGCAGCAUAAUCUGAAACAUCAGGCCACGUGUGUUCGACCGUACUUGCCAUACCGUGGUGAGUGGGGUAUACGGAAAGAGCUCAGAAAAAUGCGCUCGGAGGUUUAUCCGCUCAUCAACACUUGGGCCCUGAAAGAGCCGGAGCAGCAUCGCAUUGCCUGGCUUCCACCUCCAGAGCACCAGCAGCGACUCCUGGAUGCGCAGCGACCAAAGAAGAGGGUGAGCCUUCCCGGAGGGGCCCGCAAUCGCAAGCUUCUUGCGGCAGAAGGUCUUGCCAGAACCUGCGUGGAGGACGGGAAGAUCGUGCUGCGAGGAAAGGCGCCACUGGCCUACCGGCGGCAGCGGACUUUCGGCAAGCAGGCAGUUCCCGACCAGACUUUCUUAGACAUGAUCGGGAUGACUAAGGAGGAAUACAUGCAGAAGGAUCUGGAGCUGCGCAAGGAGGUCGAAAUGGAGGAUAGCACAUCUUUGUCAAUUGUCGAAGAGGUGGUAGAGGAACCUGCAGAAGACUUGACACUGAAGAACGGGACCUUCGGUGGAAAGAAGGUCAGGCCCAGGACGACCCUUCGUGGGAACCACAUUCCAAUCCCGGUCAGGGAGGUCCCCAAACUGGUCUUGGAUCAAGAUGCCAUCGCUCGCAUGGAAGCGGCCGUGGAAAGUGGAGAGAUCGUCAACAUCGACGAGAGGCAGUUCGCCCCCACGAAGCCCGUUUGGGAGUUGCCGAGGGAGGGUCAAGCAAGGAAGUUCUGGAGUCCAGUGCCCGACGAGAGGAAGAAGGAUGGUGUCGUGUAUCCGGAGUCUCCCGUCAGGGAGUUGGCGAAGAAGCAUAACCUGCAACUCUCAGAAGAGGCACUGGAUCGCUUGGAAGCUGCCGCAGAGACGGCCGAGCACAAUCGGCACCGCAUGAGCUGGCAGAAGCCAAACAUUGUUGAUGAUGCACAGGAGCAGCUGGUUUGA